AUGUCUAGCAAUGGUGUCACCGAUGUGGUUGCUGAAUAUGUCCCAGAAAAAGUGAAGAAAGCAGAAAAAAAAUUAGAAGAGAAUCCAUAUGACCUUUCUGCUUGGAGCAUUUUGAUUCGAGAGGCACAGAAUCAUCCUAUAGAAAAAGCACGGAAGACAUAUGAACGCCUCGUUGCCCAGUUCCCCAGUUCUGGCAGAUUCUGGAAGCUGUACAUUGAAGUAGAGGUUAAAUCUAAACAUUUUGACAAAGCUGAAAAAUUAUUUCAGAGAUGCCUUAUAAAAGUUUUACAUAUUGACUUGUGGAAAUGUUAUCUUUCGUAUGUCAGAGAAAAUAAGUCAAAGUUACCCAGUUACAAAGAAAAAAUGGCACAAGCAUAUGAUUUUGCUUUAGAUAAAAUUGGAAUGGAAGUUAUGUCUUAUCAGAUUUGGAUGGAUUACAUCAAUUUCUUGAAAAAUGUAGAAGCUGUUGGGUCUUAUGCAGAAAAUCAAAGAAUAACAGCUGUUAGAAGAGUUUAUCAACGAGGUUGUGUUAAUCCAAUGAUCAAUAUUGAGCAACUUUGGAGGGACUAUAGCAAAUAUGAAGAGAGUAUCAACAUCCAUCUAGCUAAAAAAAUGAUUGAAGAUAGGAGUCGAGAUUACAUGAAUGCGAGGCGUGUAUCAAAGGAGUAUGAAAUAAUAAUGAAAGGUUUAGACCGCAAUGCCCCUUCAGUACAACCACAGAAUACUCCCCAAGAGGCUCAGCAAGUAGAGAUGUGGAAGAAAUACACUCAGUGGGAAAAGAGUAACCCUCUCAGAACAGAAGAUCAGACACUCAUAACCAAAAGAGUUAUGUUUGCAUAUGAGCAGUGCUUGCUGGUGCUAAGCCAUCACCCAGAUGUUUGGUAUGAAGCUGCCCAGUACCUGGAGCAGUCCAGUAAGCUGCUGUCUGAGAAAGGGGAUAUAAAUAAUGCUAGAUUAUUUAGCAAUGAAGCUGCUAAUAUAUAUGAGAGAGCUAUUAGCACCGUAUUGAAGAGAAAUAUGCUUCUUUAUUUUGCAUAUGCAGAUUAUGAAGAAAGUCGAAUGAAAUUUGAAAAGGUUCACAUCAUAUACAGUCGACUUCUGGCUAUUAAGGAUAUCGAUCCUACUCUGGUAUAUAUUCAGUAUAUGAAGUUUGCAAGACGAGCAGAGGGCAUCAAAUCUGGAAGGGUGAUAUUUAAGAAAGCAAGACAGGAUACUAGAACACGCCAUCAUAUCUAUGUUUCUGCAGCAUUAAUGGAGUACUAUUGUACUAAGGAUACCUUAGUGGCCUUUAAGAUUUUUGAGCUAGGAUUAAAAAAAUAUGGUGAUAUUCCAGAAUAUGUAUUAGCCUAUAUUGACUACCUUUCUCACCUUAAUGAGGACAAUAAUACACGAGUUUUGUUUGAACGAGUUCUGACCUCUGGAAGCCUGCCACCUGAAAAAUCUGGAGAAAUAUGGGCCAAAUUCCUAGCUUUUGAAAGUAGCAAUGGUGAUCUGACCAGUAUAAUGAAAGUAGAGAAAAGACGGUUCACGGCAUUCAAGGAAGAAUAUGAAAGCAAGGAAACGGCAUUACUGGUCGAUAGGUACAAAUUCAUGGAUUUGUAUCCUUCCUCCGCAAGUGAACUGAAGGCUCUUGGCUAUAAGGACAUGUCUCGGAUCAAGUUAGCAACCAUUCCUGAUCCUGUGGAAACUCCUUCCACAAUGCCUGACCUUAAAGAUGAAACUAGAAAGCCUGAAUAUCCGAAGCCAGAUGUCCAGCAGAUGCUCCCCUUUCUGCCAAGACAUUUAGCACCUCCAGGCUUACAUCCUGUGCCUGGUGGAGUGUUUCCAGUGCCACCUGCUGCUGUAGUUUUAAUGAAACUUCUUCCUCCUCCUGUCUGUUUCCAGGGUCCUUUUGUGCAAGUGGAUGUGCUGAUGGACAUUUUCCGAAAAUGCAAGAUCCCAAGCUCUGUUGAUGAAGCUGUGAAGAUCAUUACUGGAGGAGCACCAGGUCGAGCUGGGGAAGGGACAGACCCCAUACAUGACAGCGCUACUCUCACCAAAGGAGUCAAACGUCCCAGUGCCAGUGUGGAGGAGGAGGAAGAGAAAAGUCCAGUGCCACCUCUCCAUGAUAUCUACAGAUCCCGACAACUCAAGAGAAUGCGGUGA